UCCGUGAGAUGUGCGAGCCAGCCAGUGGUGUUAAUGCGUGCGAGUGUUGCAGCUGCUGCCCUCAGAUACCUACGCCUGCCCCGCCCACCGGUGGCUGCACAUCUCAGCCCCCCUGCGACGACUUUAAAUGGAUGCAGGCCAAUGCGCCGUACCCACCUUGCAAGCAGCCUUGCCCGUGUUGGGCCACCAAGCUGCGUCGCUGGUACAGACGCAACAGCAGCGUUAUUAGGCAGAUAGCAAAGAUUCUGGAGAAGGAACCGGACGAUGUGGCCGCCUUUCUGUACGGCCUGACAAUGCGCGACUUCAGUAAGAUGAUCAAUCCGAUGGGCUCGGGAUGGAACUGGUGUCGUGUACCUUACUGUACGGUUGACACCUGUGAUCGUUACUGGGAAAUUUUUGACGAUAACGGAAAUCUGCGCUAUCCCCAUGAUCCGCGCCGCUUAUUUGCUUUGUUAGACUUUAUACAAAACUCUAUGUGCCCACCAGUCGGAUCGGGUACAGAUACGCUUUUAAAAGGUGCCCAAAGCUAUGCCACUUUGGAUGGCAGUUUGGCUGAAAUGAUGAACAGUAUAGUGCCUGGCUUUGGAACAGUCCCGACUAUAGGUUCAGCCAUGGGGACGAGUUUAGGCAGUACCCCGUUCGGCGGAGGCCUUAAUAAGGCGGCCUUGGAGCCAGCAGAAUCAACCGUGCAGAUUUUGAGAGCCAUAGACAAUGCAUACCCAAUAGCGGAACCCCAAACAUAUCAUGAGAGUAGUGAGGAUCUAAAUGAAGCGAGACCAGCGCCGCAUGUAGCCUAUAAAAGCUUACAACAACCCGUCAGAUCGAGCACAGAUAUUACUGCGUAUAAUAGGAGGCGUGGAGCAAAGGUCAGCUCUCACAAUCAAUUGCGUACCUUGCACUCGCCGCGUGCAGAAGAGAUGAGGCGGCUGCUCAAGCGUCUGAAAACCAAGCGAGGUCUGAUCGAAAACGAUGAAGCUGUGGUGGAAUCGUUCAAAGAAGUGGAUUUGGCGAACGCGUAUCUGAAAGUGCGCAAGCGAAAGACGAAGGCAACUUAUGACGAUAUAUCUACGCUUUAUUCUGCCGUGGUGGGGAAAGAGCCGGCCAAACGGCACCACAAUCUAGGGCUGCUCAACAAGGGUGUAUCUAGAGUGAAUUUGGGACGGACGUUCCCAACAAAGCCAGUGGUUCGGGGGAAACUAAGUUUGUACAAUUUUGGAGACAGUUGGCAAAAAAAGGCUACGGCUGAGAAACCCAAGUCGUCUAAAGGUCGCAAAUAUUUGGGCGAUCCCAUGCCAGUGUUGUUGCACGAGCCCUACGAUCAGGAUAAACCUUGGACCUGGAUACGCAGGCAUCCCAAUCAAGUGCGCGUGCAGGCUGAUGGACAACUGGGUCACGGUAACAUUCAUCGCUAUAGGCGUUACUCGGUUGCACGCGAACUGGAGCGCGCGCGACGCCGCUGGUCCGUGCAUACAACCUAUUCCACGCACAGUGAAAUGGACGGUGAAAAUCCUGAACGGCUAUCGACGGCCAUGUUUGGGACUGCGGAUACCAAAGAUUCGAAAAAGAGAAAGAGGUAGAGUGUGAACAACAGUAACCCUUGACUAGGCCCGAUACGCUCGGGCCCAAAAUAAAUUUCGGAAAAACUUUGUCCAAAUUAUUUUCCUAA